GGUAUUACCCCAGAUAUGAUGAAACUCAUUAUCGAAUACGCCUACACAAGGACAGUGCCCAUUACAGUGGACAAUGUGGAAAGGCUCCUCGUAGCCGCCGACCAGUUUAAUGUGAUGGGUAUCGUCAGAGCCUGCUCCGAUUUUAUGAAGUCUCAGCUCUGCUUGGAGAAUUGUAUUGGCAUCUGCAAAUUCACCGAGUAUUACUACUGCCCGGAGCUACGACAGGCCGCCUACAUGUUCAUCCUGCACAACUUUGAGGAAAUGGUAAAAGCGUCUACUGAAUUCCUGGAGCUCUCGGUCAAUGAGUUUAAGGACAUCAUUGAAAAGGACGAACUCAACGUGAAGCAGGAAGACGCGGUCUUCGAGGCCAUUCUCAAGUGGAUCGCCCAGGAACCUCCCAACCGGAAACAGCACAUGGCGGUCUUGCUACCGAAGGUCCGUCUGGCCUUGAUGCAUGCAGAGUAUUUCAUGAACAACGUCAAAAUGCACGAUUAUGUGAAGGACAGCGAGGAGUGCAAGCCCAUCGUGAUCGAUGCCCUCAAAGCCAUGUACGACCUGAACAUGAACGGCCCGUCGAGUUCCGACUUCACCAAUCCACUGACGAGACCCCGGCUCCCUUACGCCAUCCUGUUUGCCAUCGGUGGUUGGAGCGGAGGGAGCCCAACCAAUGCGAUUGAGACAUACGACGCCCGGGCGGAUCGUUGGGUGAAUGUGACUUGCCAGCAGGAGAGUCCCCGGGCGUACCACGGCGCUGCCUACCUGAAGGGCUACGUCUACAUCAUUGGCGGGUUUGACAGCGUGGACUACUUCAACAGUGUCAAGCGGUUUGAGCCCAUCAAAAAAACCUGGCACCAGGUGGCUCCCAUGCACUCCAGGCGCUGCUACGUUAGUGUCACCGUCCUUGAUAACUUCAUCUAUGCCAUGGGUGGCUUUGACGGUUACGUGCGCCUCAACACGGCAGAGAGGUACGAGCCCGAGACCAACCAGUGGACCUUAAUCGCUCCCAUGCACGAGCAGAGGAGUGACGCGAGUGCCACGACACUCUACGGAAAGGUUUACAUUUGUGGUGGUUUCAAUGGGAACGAGUGUCUCUUCACGGCGGAGGUCUACGAUGCCAAGGUGGAUCAGUGGAGCUUGAUUGCACCCAUGCGUAGCAGGCGCAGUGGGAUCGGCGUGAUUGCGUACGGAGAACACGUCUAUGCAGUAAGGCUGGGGUCCUCUUGGGCUGGUAAUUUAAUUUAA